AGCUGGCGUAACCAUUCUGUUUUACAUUUUUUGGUGAAUACCAUCGAGAUAGUCGUAGACGUUUCUUUCAUUAAUUUCCACUUCUUAGUCGAAUCAAUACAUCGUUUACCUUUUUUAAUAAUUGUCCAUUGAACAGGCAACGUCUAGAGGCAUUCUGUUAAGUGAGUUUCCUAUCAAAAAUACCUUCGGAUUCAGUCUGAUGAAAUAACAUCAAAAAUUGCGUCACGAUCGUCACGAUAAAAAUUCAAGCCAUCACAAAGAGAUCAAAAACCACGGUGUAUUAGUGUGUAGUGUGCAAAAAAAAAGAGAAGAAAUUAAUUGCCAGACCCUUCACUAAGAAGCGCACUUUUUUAUAUAACCCAACGUUUCAACUCAACGAAAUUAUCAGUGUUCAGUGAAUACACAUCAGUCGUUGGUGAUAGUGAAAAAAAAUAAAAUAAAAAAUUAAAGCGAAUCGAAACAUGACUGAUAACAACUACGGCUAUGCGAACAGACGAUUUUCUAUGUGGCGAAUCAAUUUCAAUAUGGAUUUAUCUUUAGCCAUUGAUUCAAGAACCUUCACUUAAUUUUUUUUGUUUCAUUUAACAGAAAAAUUCGUGCAACGAAUUUAGUGUAAAUUGAGUGUGAAUUGAAUAGCUUUAAGGGUGUAAAUAGUAAACAGAUCAACAAAGAUUAAUUUUUAUUUCGAAUUCUCUUACUCGUUUUGAUAAUAAUAAUUCAAAGAUACGACGAGACAUUAAAACAGUUCGUUCUUUGAUACAAUCGAAUAAAAUUGUUACAUCAAAUCCGAUUGGAACUGCGUGUGUCGGUGUUACAUUUGUGAAUUAACAUACAAAAUAUGUCAACAAUGAAGAGCAACGGCACAACUCGAAAGGUGACACUUUUCUCACAAGUCAAAUACGAACACAUGGUAGCUGGCAUAUCCGGCGGAGUCACUUCAACGCUUAUUUUACAUCCAUUGGAUUUAAUUAAAAUUCGGUUCGCUGUAAACGAUGGACGCACAACGACAGCACCACAAUACCGUGGACUAACCAGCGCAUUCAUCACAAUAUUCCGGCAAGAAGGAUUUCGUGGACUAUACAAAGGAGUCACGCCGAACGUAUGGGGAUCGGGCAGUGCAUGGGGUUUCUAUUUUAUGUUCUACAAUUCCAUUAAGACUUGGAUUCAAGGCGGCAACGCAACUCAACCAUUGGGACCGGCAUGGCAUAUGGUUGCAGCAGCAGAAGCUGGCAUUUUAACACUGGUCAUGACAAAUCCAAUUUGGGUUGUAAAAACGAGAUUAUGUCUGCAGUACGAUGGUAUGCCAGUGAAAAACAGUCAGAGUAAUUACGGUGGAAUGUUCGAUGGAUUGGCCAAAAUAUAUAGAAAUGAAGGCGUUAAAGGACUGUACAGGGGAUUUGUGCCUGGUAUGUUCGGUGUGUCGCAUGGUGCUUUACAGUUUAUGACUUAUGAAGAAAUGAAGAAUAAAUACAACGAGUACCGGCAGAUGCCAAUCAAUACAAAACUGGGCACCGGCGAGUAUCUAGUUUUUGCAGCUAUUUCAAAAUUGAUUGCGGCCGCAGCCACAUAUCCAUACCAAGUGAUACGGGCCCGAUUACAAGAUCAAAAUCAUUCGUACAAAGGAUCCUGGGAUUGCAUCAAACAGACAUGGAGAUUCGAGAGCUGGCGAGGUUUCUAUAAGGGCUUGGUACCGAAUCUACUGAGAGUUACACCAGCUACAAUGAUCACAAUGGUUACGUACGAACAUGUUUCUCAUUACUUGUUAACGAAAUGAGCGAAUUUCCGUAGCCGAACUUAGAAUUUGGUUCCUAUAGUAAUUCAGCCGAAAAGGUUUUAGUUAGACUCCAUAGAAAAGAACAAUUGGUAAAAAUGGAAUAAAUUGAAUUUUUGAAA